GCCAGUGUCGGACGUACACACAGGGCACUAGUCCUGCGCACGACGGUCUGUCUCAAGUGUUAGAGGUAAUCUGUGGAGGAAGUCUGUACUAUUGUCACAGAUACACAAGCUGACCUCACAUAGCUGUAAAUUCCCGUAUUUCUACAUCUUGAUCCCCUUAUCAGAGCGUCGGGAAACGUCAGGAUGAGUCUCGGGCCAACUCCGCUCGACGCCCGUGGAAGUCUGCCGCCGGUCUCGGUGGGUCACACCGUGCCGGUGUCGGGCCCACACCUGCCUCCAACCUUGAUGUUUCGGUCGGACAAGUACCCGCGGACCCCGAAGUGUGCCCGGUGUCGGAACCACGGCGUGGUGUCGGCGCUGAAGGGCCACAAGCGCUACUGCCGCUGGCGGGACUGUAUGUGCGCCAAGUGCACCCUGAUCGCCGAGCGGCAGCGCGUCAUGGCCGCACAGGUCGCGCUGAGGCGGCAGCAGGCGCAGGAGGAGAACGAAGCCCGUGAGCUGGGGCUCCUGUACGGCAGUCCGGACGGCAUGACCCUGAUCAGCCCCGGCACCGGCCCCGGAGUCUUCCCCGCAGCCAAACCCAUGGACCUGGCCGACCGCAGCAGUCCUCCAGAAAAGCGGCAGAAGGUGGAGUUGAUGCCAGCGGGCCGGGUGCUGUAUGAAGAGCGCGGGGCGGCGACAGACGGCGGGCAGACCGGCGAACCACAGUCCCCUGCCGACCUGGCGGGAAAAGUCCAGGAGGACCAGCACUCUCUCACAGAGACCCGGUCCACCACAUCGUCCGAACCGCCUUCCCCAUCCCCGGACACCCACCCCGGCUUAGCACACAAGGACUCGGAGGCGUCCGACACAGAGGCUAAAGCAGACACACCGGGGACCGACAACGGCAUCGCGGCUUCAAAGGUGAAAAUGUCCGCUCUGGAAAUGCUGGCUCGAGUCUUCCCCACCCAGAGCCAACAGACACUGCAGAUAGUUCUGAACGGGUGCGGCGGAGACGUGGUUAAGGCUAUAGAACAGGUGUUAGCGCGACAGAACCAGCCACUCAACAACACCUCAGCAAACCACCAGACCACUCCGACCACCACGGACAUGUCCAAGCGGACACUGGUCAGCUACCGGCCGUACCUGUCGUCCACCACAGCUUCUUCUAAUGUCGGACUCAAAUCGGCGUUCUCCCCCCUCCCCACCUCCCCACACAUGGACACAUCCCCGGUCGGGCUCGGACUCGGCUCCGUGAGGUUUGCCUACCCGCCGCCGAUGCGUGGCCUCACCUUUGCCGGCUACUCUCCCACCCUACUGCCGGGGUUCGGCUUCCCGGCGUUCGGGGGGUUGAUGCGGGGUGUCUGCCACUCCCACAAAGACCCAGCACUCUGCACGCUGUGUAACUACAGCGGCGCAAGUAAGUCUACAACAGACUGAUAUAGAAACCCACUGAACAGCUCAUACUGUAAACACUGUACCUGCAUGUAUAUUGUUAAUAUUUUGUAUCAGCAUUCUAUUGUAUGUAUACACUAUUACAGAGAGAGGGAUCGAAGUGAGGAACACUGAGAGAUAUAUAAACAUGUAGGGACCAAACGUUUUUAAAGUAUAGAAUUUAACCAGAAUAUCUAACCAUGUGCAAUGAUGCAAUGUACAAAAGGGCACAGCGGUUACGGAGUAACUUAACGACAGUUAGUUUUUCUAGGUGUCCUUGUAUUGUUGUUGUAGAAAGCUGAACAUAUCUCCGUAUAUUGUGAAAUGUUAGUGUACCUACACGCCAGGGUAUUGUAUUCUGCUACCAGGCGUACCAAGACCGUUCACAGAACAUGUAAACCACCUGAAGUUUUGCCGGACUGAAAACUGGCGCAAUUUCAGCUAUUCUAUUCAGGUGAAUGGAAGCAUGCGGCAGACUUGUAUGUGUAUAGAAACAUUUGCGGACGAGCUAUGCUCUCACACCCACAUGUGUAAAGGUCCUUCUUGCGAAGAAUGCACUUUGUUAAUGUAUUGUGUCCAAAUGUAUAUCUUGUGUUUCCAUACUUAAAAGUUUACCGCAAACAUUCUGUCAGCGUCUC